UCGAGAUCAACACAAGUUAACGGAAAAGCCGGCGCUCUCUUGAAGGAAGCAUCCAUCCUACAGAAGGAAACGGCGCGGUGUACGCAGAGCUAACAGAGUGACACUACAGUUUGGCGCAAACAUUUCAAACCACCGUGUGUUUGUGGCGUUAGUAGCAAGCCGGUGUGCAAGACAGUGCAAUCGUGGUUUUCCGCAUUUUAUAAAGGCAAUAUUUAGAAACCGGCACCAAGCGUUGAGGACGAUAUAUACUACGGAGUUUAAAGUUUCAUCCUACCAUCGGUGGUAGUCGUCACAGCGAUCGACUAAAGACACUGCUCGACUAAAGUGACAGUUUAAACAAUGGCACACAAAUUAGUGUCGUGUAGUGCCUGUGUGCUGGUGGUGCUGUUCGUGUUAAGUACAGUGAGCGUAUCAAGGCAGGCGUCGCUUUCACUACGGGUUUUGUCACGUGGUGAGCGAUCAGUUAUCAACCAAACGCACAGCAAUGGGACGUGCGAAGGCAAUACACCGUGUGGUUGGGCAGUUUACAUCCCGUCAACCAGAGUCAUCGAAAACUUCAUGAAAAAUACGUGCGAUUGCGAGAAUCAGCUGCAGUGCGUCCGAACGGAUGAUGAUGUCUCGAUCAGUGCGUACGUCUACCGCUGUCGGGAGCAUCCUCCGAAGGCAAAGUCAGUACCCGCGUCCUGAUCAGCUCGCCUGGACGCCAUCAUGCACUGGAAUUCCACCGUGGCAGCACGCCCCAGCUCUACGUCCGGAUCGCGGGCAAUCCUGUGAAACCGGUUGCGGGAGUGUGUGCAUACUAUGUAACUACUAAACACCGAAACCUCCAACCAUAUUACAAACUGAAAGGAAAGCACUAUAUAACAUUACCCGCCAGUAGCAGCGAAGUGAAUGCUCUCCAACGUAGCUAUGUAAGAACUUGAAUCCCAAUAUUUUAAUAACGACACGCGAAUGGAAAACUCAAUUCACCGUGCACCACCGAAUCGCUACGGUUGAUGGUAAAAUAUUUAAAAUUUAUUUAUAUUCGCUUACUUGUUUACUCGUUUUUAAAAUUCUACCUUCCAUUGUUGCGCAUCUGAUAUGGCUCCAUGUCCGCUUCUUCCGCAGCGCCUUUAUGUCAGCAGCUUUUUUUAUAUAAACAUGGUUUAAUUAUUUUACUGUAAGCUAGAUGUAACACCUAAAUAUGCUCAUUACACAUGCUACGCCGAAGGGAAACAUGAAGUGAAACCUGGUUCGGGCUCAUCUUCGCAUCAUUUGCUUUACAGGACGGCGUCAUAUUGACGCCAUCUGCUCACCCCAAAAACAGUGCACAUACAUACUACCCAGCCAAUACUAGGUACUAUCAAGCCCCAAAAACGUUCGUUCGAACGGUGUUUGCGAAGAGCAAAAACAAAUUUGUGUCAUGAGUAGUUAAUGGUGGUCCAUGGUUAUUACAAGGACGUUAAAUAAAUCGCUCCCUAUCUUUGGAAAAGACUUGACUGUACUGUACUGUAGAAUGGAUGAGCCGUACCGAUGCCAAACAAAAGACACGCAUUGUCCGAUCUGAUUUGUGUACUCAAAACCAAACACACUCAGCUAGUGCACGCUAGUGUACGAACGAUCCAGGUUUGCCACAGUGUAAGGAGUUUCAAAAGUCCGCACAAGAAACAAAAAGGAAACAUUCAUCAGCUCCACUCGCUUAGUUACGUAAGACAAUGUUAGCCGUUAACGUUAAUGAAAGGUUCUUCUAUGAGAAACAAAAUACAUAAUAGGAAUCUCCCGGAUCGUGCGCCCUUCCGGAGCAUGGAACACCUGUUUUUUUUUGUUUUUAAAAUUCACGCGUACUUAAAGACGAUGCAUCGGACAGUUGCUACAGUGCAAACUAAUUAACGAUAAGCAUUCAAUCGGGAAAGACACGCACGAAACGGUUUACCUAGCUGCUCCUACUACCGUACAACUCUACGCAACCGCACUUGGAUCACAUAGACACUUAGAACACAUACAAAAUAUGCCACAUUUCAUAUGCUUCAAGAAUUGUAACAGCUUUUACAGUCAGUAUUCAACACGUUUCCACUCAAAAGAGAGAACAAAUACAGUUGCUACUCCAUAUUAGUGUUUCCUAUAGGUAAGGGAUAUCCGAUUACCAGCUCAGUACGAUUAGAACAGGCGUUACUAGUAGGUCGACUAUUAGGAAAGAAUUUAAAAUGAUGAAAUAAACACCUAAUCAGAAGCAG